AUGAGCCACCAGCCAAAGGGCCUGGGGGAGGCAGCAGGAGGUGGAGUGAGAGGAAGGUCGAGCAGCGGUUCUCCAGGCACAGGUGACAGAUCUGGGAGGAGACCCUCCAGGAAGCCGGCCCCCAAAGCAGAGGGUGUGACAGGCAGGUGCGGAGGCCCUGCUGGCCAGAAGGAGCGGGCCAAGGGCAGCCCAAGGCCAGACUCCCCCCAAAGGAAGCAGGUAGAGCACAGGAGACACCGAGAGGAGCUGGGGGAACAGAAGCGGAGCACAGCCCAGAGGACCCGAGAGGGGAGGAAGAAGAGGGAUGGGAGGGCUUCCCUUAAGGAGCAGAGAGCAUCCUCAAAGAAGGAAAAGGAGGUGCCGAAGAAGGAGAUGUGGAAGCAACAGAAGAAACACAGAUCGCCCUCCGUGGCCUCCAGCGCCUCUGCUGGGGAGUCUCUGUCCGAGGAGGAACUGGCCAGGAUCCUGGAGCAGGUGGAAGAGAAGAAGAAGCUCAUCACCCACAUGCGCAACAAGCCCUGGCCCAUGGCGAAGAAGCUUACGGAGCUCCGGGAGGCCCAAGAAUUUGUGGAGAAGUAUGAAGGAGCCUUGGGAAAAGGGAAAGGCAAGCGACUCUACGCCUAUAAGAUGCUGAUGACUAAGAAAUGGAUCAAGUUUAAGAGAGACUUUGAUAAUUUCAAGACUCAGUGUAUUCCCUGGGAAAUGAAGAUCAAGGACAUUGAAAGUCACUUUGGUUCUUCAGUGGCAUCAUAUUUCAUCUUCCUGCGAUGGAUGUAUGGUGUUAACCUUGUCCUUUUUGGCUUAAUAUUUGGGCUAGUCAUAAUCCCAGAGGUGCUGAUGGGCAUGCCCUACGGGAGUAUACCCAGAAAGACAGUGCCGCGGGCUGAGGAAGAAAGAGCCAUGGAUUUUUCCGUCCUUUGGGAUUUUGAGGGCUACAUUAAAUACUCUGCUGUCUUCUACGGCUACUACAACGACCAGAGGACCAUCGGGUGGCUGAGGUACAGACUGCCCAUGGCUUACUUUAUGGUGGGGGUCAGCGUGUUCGGCUAUAGCCUGAUGAUUGUCAUUAGAUCGAUGGCCAGCAACACCCAGGGCAGCACCAGCGAGGGGGAGAGUGAUAACUUCACAUUCAGCUUCAAGAUGUUCACCAGCUGGGACUACCUGAUCGGCAAUUCAGAGACGGCCGACAACAAAUAUGCCUCCAUCACCACCAGCUUCAAGGAAUCAAUAGUGGAUGAACAAGAAAGUAACAAAGAAGAAAAUAUUCACCUGACAAGAUUUCUCCGCGUCCUGGCCAACUUCCUCGUCAUCUGCUGUUUGUGUGGGAGUGGGUACCUCAUUUACUUUGUGGUGAAGCGAUCCCAGGAAUUCUCCAAAAUGCAGAACGUCAGCUGGUAUGAAAGGAAUGAGGUUGAAAUUGUCAUGUCCCUGCUUGGGAUGUUUUGCCCCCCUCUGUUUGAAACGAUCGCUGCCCUGGAGAACUACCACCCACGCAUCGGGCUGAAGUGGCAGCUGGGACGUAUCUUUGCACUCUUCCUGGGGAAUCUCUACACGUUCCUCUUGGCCCUGAUGGAUGACGUCCACCUCAAGCUUUCUAAUGAAGAGACAAUAAAGAACAUCACUCACUGGACUCUGUUUAACUAUUACAACUCCUCGGGGUGGAACGAGAGUGUCCCCCGGCCACCCCUGCACCCUGCUGACGUGCCCCGCGGCUCUUGCUGGGAGACAGCCGUGGGCAUUGAAUUCGUGAGGUUGACGGUGUCCGACAUGCUGGUAACGUACAUCACCAUCCUGCUGGGGGACUUCCUGAGGGCUUGUUUUGUCCGGUUCAUGAACUACUGCUGGUGCUGGGACCUGGAGGCUGGAUUUCCUUCAUAUGCUGAGUUUGAUAUUAGUGGAAAUGUGCUUGGUUUGAUCUUCAACCAAGGCAUGAUCUGGAUGGGCUCCUUCUAUGCUCCAGGACUGGUGGGCAUCAACGUGCUGCGCCUGCUGACCUCCAUGUACUUCCAGUGCUGGGCGGUGAUGAGCAGUAACGUGCCCCACGAACGCGUGUUCAAAGCCUCCCGAUCCAACAACUUCUACAUGGGCCUCCUGCUGCUGGUGCUCUUCCUCAGCCUCCUGCCAGUGGCCUACACCAUCAUGUCCCUCCCGCCCUCCUUUGACUGCGGGCCGUUCAGUGGGAAAAACAGAAUGUAUGACGUCAUCCAAGAGACCGUUGAAAAUGAUUUUCCAACCUUCCUGGGCAAGAUCUUUGCGUUCAUCGCCAAUCCAGGCCUGAUCAUUCCAGCCAUCCUGCUGAUGUUCCUGGCCAUCUACUACCUGAACUCGGUUUCCAAAACCCUUUCCCGCGCCAAUGCCCAGCUGAGGAAGAAAAUCCAAGCGCUCCGUGAAGUUGAGAAGAGCCACAAAUCUGUCAAAGACAGAGCCACAGCCAGAGAUUCCGAGGACACAGCUAAAGACAGCUCCAAAAAUGCCACCAAAGCAGGGACCACGCCUCACUCUGCCAGCCAAAGCCAGACCCUGGGCAAGAAGGCGCAGGGCCCUGGGACCUCCAGUUCUGCCAGUCGGACCAUGAUGCCUGCCUCCAGUCACCUCCCUAUAUCUCGGCCUCCUGGCAUCAGACCAGAUUCUGGCCAACCCGGGCCUCAGACUCAUCCUGGGAGAUCAGCCUCUAGAAAGAGUCCUCAGAGACCUCCCCACUGA